CUCAGCGCGGGGCGGAGCCGGCGGACGCGCUGCGGCGUAACGCUGACGUCAUCGCGUCUCCCCAGCGGAAGUAGGAGCGAGGCCGGGCUCAGGCGGGGAGGGUCCCCCCCCAGCCUGCCCCCCCGCAGGGGACCCGGAGCCGGACCCGCCGCCAUGGAGUUCCCGGACCUGGGCGCGCACUGCUCCCAGCCGACCUGCAAGCGCCUGGACUUUCUCCCUCUGAAGUGCGACGCGUGCGAACAGAUAUUCUGCACCGACCACAUCACCUACACCCAGCACCAGUGCACCUCUGCCUACAAGAAGGACGUGCAGGUCCCCGUGUGCCCUCUCUGCAACAUCCCCAUCCCUGUCAAAAAGGGGGAGAUGCCUGAUGCGGUGGUGGGGGAGCACAUCGACCGAGACUGCAAAUCCGACCCCGCCCAGCGCAAGCGCAAGAUUUUCACCAAUAAGUGUCUGAAGCCUGGCUGCAAGCAGAGGGAGAUGAUGAAGGUGAUCUGUGACCAGUGCCACGGGAACUUCUGCCUCAAGCACCGGCACCCCCUGGAUCACGACUGCAAUGGGGUGGGGCACCCCCUCUCCAGAGCCGGACACGCUGCGGUUGCGAGAGCCCAAGCAUCCUCCUCUGUGGCAGCCGGGACAUCGAGCAGAGGAGCUUCCAGACCGGCGACCCGGCCGGCAGCCGGCCCCCCUGCUCCAGCCCCAAGCAGAGGCAGCGUGAUGGUGACCCUGCCGCCCAGCAGCACCUCGCCCCCGGCCGUUGCACUGCAGAAUGGACUGGGCCGUGGGCACACCCCACUCUCCUUUCAGAGUGAAGACGAGGCACUGCAGCGAGCCCUGGAGAUGUCCCUGGCAGAAUCGGCGCCCGGCUCGGCACGGGCGCUCAGCAGCGCGCAGGAGGAGGAGGACCUGGCCCUGGCGCGGGCGCUAGCCGCGAGCGAGGAGGAGUACCAGCGGCGGCAGCAGGAGCAGGCCCAGAGCCGGAGUUCGAGGCCAUCAGACUGCAGCAUGUUCUAGGCUGGGAGCACCACUAUGCCUAGGGCCUGCCCGCAGCACUGGGUACCAUCGCCCAGCUCUGCCAGGCCCUGCCCGAGCGUCACCUGCGGAGGACCGCCAGGGGCUUCUCCUGCCUCUUCCACAGCUAGAAACAAUCAACCAAACGCUGGCCGUGCCUGCUCCCUGUAGAAUAGACCGUAGCUGAACAGCGAGCUACGCCGUCACUUUGAGCUGCACGGGGCUGCCUCAGGCCACACCCGGUUCCCACGCACCAGAGCCGGCCACGGGUGUGAGGGGCGCCCUGCAGCUGCUAGCUCUGCACUCUUCUCACUGCCUGGGCCGGAACUGACCCCCACCUCUUCCCCCUCCCCAGGUGCCCAGGAGGAGGGAUGGUCAUAGCUGGGUAACACUAAUUUCCCCCUCAGUGGGAACUCAGCCCUGGCCCUGUCAGCCCCACAGGGCCCCUGCAGCUGCACUCACUGUGCUGACCACUCUAUGUAGCAGAGUCCCCUGCCCUGCAAGACGUGGCACCUUCCCUGCGUUGACAUCCCCUGUGCGUGACUCCCUGCUGUCCUGCAGGCAGGGCCCAGCUGUGGGGCCAGGCCAGCCUUUCUCAGCCCCUCUCCUUAACUCCUCGGGUGCUGGAUGUGGGGGAGGAAGCUGGGAAAAGCAGCUGCCCUGUUUCCCAUGGGAACACAGCCUCUCCGGGCCGUGACCACAGACUGCCACAAUGCCACUGCUAAGAGCCACCCCCUCCCCCAACCUAGCCCUUGCCCUGGGACGACACCUGUCCUCGAAGCGGAGCAUCUCCCCUGAUGAUAGGGACCAGGCCCCUGGUGAUAGGGACCAGGCCUCUGGAGUCUUCCCCAGAGCAGCCCCUUCUAGUCCUGCUGACGGCAGGGCUCGGGGCCGGCCUGGCAUGAGGCCAGGGCCCUGCCAGCAGGCUGCUGAGUGGGGUGGGGGGGGCUCUCCUCAGCUCGGGCCUUUUGCCGGGCGAUGCUGCCUGAGGUGCUCAGUGCAGAUGCUUGGACACGCCGGAAGCUGCUCCCCUCCAGCUCUGCCUGCCCAGGGCUCGGCGCCGCCGGGCCUUGCUGCAGCGAUGGCCGCGUGUGCCGUACUGGGUGACAGCUGCAGCCGGGCACCUCGUCCUGCGCCCUGAGCUUGUGGCCGGGCCGGCUGCGGCACGCAGGAGCAGGGGUGGCGAAAGGUUGCUCUCCGCAGGGCUGGAGCUGUCUGGCGGCCAAGUGCUGCCUGGAGGGAAAUAAAGUCCUACCCAAAAGCA